GGGGCGGGGCGGGGCGGAAGCACCGCCCGCCUCCUUCUGGCCGACGGCAAGAUGGCGGCGGCGGCGGUGGAGCUGCAGCGGCUGCAAUGGCGCUUGGAGGAGCUGGAGCGGCGCGUCGGCGGCGACGACGGGGCCAAUGGGACGCGAAAGGUGGCGGACGAGCUGGUGAAGGUGCAGGUGGCGCUGAGCAAUAUCGCCAGCAAGCGGGAGAGGAUCAAAAUCCUGUUCAAAAAAAUUGAAGAUGUAAUAAAAUACCUCGACCCUCAGUACAUUGAUAGGAUGGCUGUUCCAGAUGCCAUGAAGCUGCAGUUCAUCUUAGCAGAGGAGCAGGUUAUUCCUUCCCAAGCAGCCCUUCUGGAGCAGGUGAAGAACCUCCAGCCCAUCUUGGACAGUGCCAGUAUCCAAGCGGUUCCUGACCAUGCAGCCAAGCUUCAGCGACUCUCUCAAAUCCACAUACAGCAGCAGGAACAGCGUCAGAAUCUCACUGACGGUGUCAAGACACUCCUGGAAGACUACAACAAAAUGACCCUGCUUCUCUCCAAGCAGUUUGUCCAGUGGCAUGAAAUACUGACACGGCUGGAAACUGCCAAGGAAACGAAGCCAGUGGCAGAGUGAUGGCAGAGCCGGGAGCGCAGAGAACGCCUGGGGACCCAGCUGCCCCUGGGUGUCUCUGUAGAGGCUGCAGCACGGCUUGUACCCUGUCACCUCAGCAUCCUCCCCCUCGGCGUGAGCGUGUGGCGGGGGACGUCACCGGCUCUCUGUGGGGCACCUGGGCUCUGUCCGCCCCUAGUCGAGGCCAUGCUACUCCGUAAUAUGCCACGUGUUUUGCAAACCUUGCACUUCCCUGUGAUGCAUUUGGGUUUGUGACGUAUUUAAAAACCCCUUUCUGCUCCUGCUGCGGACUGCAGUAAAGUCCCGAAGCUCUGA